AUGGUCAACAAGACCAUAAACUACUGGGAUCCUGAUUUUGAGGACGAUGUCAUCAACAUUAACGUUGGGGGUCUGCGAAGAAGGCUCAGCUCCAGUGCUCUCUCUAAAUUCCCCAACACCCGGCUGGGGCGUUUGCUGACCUGCGACUCGGAGGAGUCCAUCCUGCAGCUCUGUGAUGACUACGAUGUGAGCGCCAGGGAGUUCUACUUUGAUAGAAACCCAGGCUUCUUCCUAUACGUGCUGCACUUCUACCAGACUGGGAAGCUGCAUGUCAUGGAUGAGCUGUGCGUUUUCUCCUUCUGCCAGGAAAUAGAGUACUGGGGCAUCAACGAGUUCUUCCUGGACUCCUGCUGCAGCUACCGCUACCAUGAGCGUAAGCUGGAGAGCCGGCACUACAACUGGGAUGAGGAGAGCGAGGUCAGCAGCGUGGACACAUCCCCCGACGAGAUCUCUGACUUCAACCAUGACCUGCUCCGCUACAGCACCCUGCGCUGCGGCAACUUGCGUAAGCGCCUCUGGCUCACCAUGGAGAACCCAGGCUACUCCAUCCCCAGCAAACUCUUCAGCUUUGUGUCCAUCAGCGUGGUGCUCGUUUCCAUAGCCACCAUGUGCAUCCACAGCAUGCCUGAGUACCAGGUACUGGACGAGGAUGACAACGUGCUAGACGACCCUGUCCUGCACAAUCUGGAGUAUUUCUGUAUCGCCUGGUUCACCUUUGAAGUGUCCUCCCGCCUGCUGCUUGCACCCAACCUGAAGAAGUUCUUCAAGCACCCGCUGAACCUGAUUGACAUUGUCUCAGUGCUGCCUUUUUACAUCACCCUCUUGGUGGAUGUGACUCUGGGCAGUGACUCAGAGCUGGGGAACCUGGGCAAGGUGGUGCAGGUGUUCCGGCUCAUGAGGAUAUUCCGGGUGCUGAAGCUGGCUCGGCAUUCAACUGGACUGAGGUCGCUAGGGGCCACCUUGAAGCACAGCUACAGAGAGGUGGGCAUCCUGCUGCUCUACCUGGCGGUGGGAGUCUCCGUGUUCUCCGGAGUGGCCUACACAGCGGAAAAGGAAGAGGACGUUGGUUUUGACACAAUCCCUGCCUGCUGGUGGUGGGGGACAGUCAGCAUGACGACUGUGGGCUACGGCGACGUGGUGCCGGUGACCGUGGCCGGCAAGCUGGCAGCUUCGGGGUGCAUUCUGGGCGGGAUUCUGGUGGUGGCUCUGCCCAUCACCAUCAUCUUCAACAAGUUCUCCCACUUCUACCGCAGGCAGAAGGCCCUCGAGGCUGCCGUGCGGAACAGCGACAAGAAGGAGCCCAAGGACUCUGAGAAUUAUCCCAGCCAGAACCGUGACUCAGAGGCUCUGGGUGAAGCCUUCCAGGAGGGAGGCAGAGAGGAUUUCCAUGACCAGACCAGAGACACCCUUCCUGCUCACUGA